AAGCAGUAGAAUGCACUGACAAAUGGAUGCAUGAUGGACAAACACCACAAAUAAAGGCAGUCGAAGGGUCUGUCUCACAUGAAGUCUCGUACAUGUCUCUCAUCCAGACAACCCAGGUCGCCCUCCUCCCCUCCCUCGUCAGCACGCGUCUCAGAUGCUACCCCUCUCCUCCUCUCCACCGCAUGUCUGAGCAAGUCAGCCGACGCCACACCAAUCCGUAUGUCCAACGCCCGGAUGUCAUCCCUCAGCCGAUUCGUCAUGUCCCGCAUCCUCGGUAUCGCUUCGUCAGACGAGUGGCUCUCCGCCUGCUGCUCCUGAGCGUCCUGCAGGUCGUCAUGGCGACACGAGAGGGCCUCCAGAGUCUCUGUGAGAUGCGUCACACGCUCUCUGGCCGCCUCAAGAUCGCUCUCAGCAGUGGCCAGGGAAGCCCUGAAGAGAAGGAAGCGAAAGAUGGCGUCUGUCCAUCCAUCCCUGCAUUUCGUCUGCCUUUGUGUUGGCGCACCUGAGGGUUGUGGCCUCCUCGGCCAGUUGCCUGAGAGCCCCGUCAUCAUUCAUCUGUCCCUCCGUCAAGCGGAUGGUCUCCAGCUCCUCCCCCAGCGAACCACUCACGCCCUCCAGCCGCUCCCUCACCGCCUCGCCACUCGCAUCAAUCGCCGCAGCAGCAUACCUCAUGAAUACUUCUACACUGCCGCCGACACCAAAGGCCCCAUCUCUGGCCCCAGCCGGCAGCACGACAUUCAGCCGGUCACCCACACGGUCGCACUCCUGGCGCCACGCUGAUGGCUCGAUGGAUGUCUCGAUCAUGUCGUGGUGGUCUUCAGCGACGUCAGCGCCACAGUGAGAGGGGGGCGGCCGGCGGAUCGAGAGUGGGAGCAGCGACUCGUCGAUGACGGCCGCGUCGUGCUGGUCGGCGGCAUCGGUGUCUUCCGACCUCGAGAGAGGACAGGCGACAAUGAGCAUGUCAUCAUGUUCGACCCCCUCCUCAUCUGUCGCCUCGCCAGGCCCUUCGGGGAAGGUGAUGGCCUCGUGGGCCCUCAAUGAUGGAGGCGAGAAGUGGAAGUCCCUCCUCAGCAGCUCCUGGUUGAUCACCUCGUUUAGCACGAGACACGCCUGCUCCCCAUAGCCCGAUGACAACUGAGACAGGCUGCCAACAGAGGCCAUAGAGAUUCCCCGGCGACUCAGCUCGUCCCGCAGCCGACCCAAUGCCUCUUCUCUCGACACCGGAGGGGAGAGAGAGGACGGCCUCUGCCCUCCUGUGCGGGUGGGUGGGCGGUCAGAUGCCGUGGGGUCGCUCUGCAGGCUGAACAGCCACAUGAGCAGGUCAUAGUGGUACUGGAAGGCGUCCACACGCUGGCCGGGAGGCGGCGCCUGGGCAAAGAAUGCUCGAUGGAGGGGAGGAUACCCCCUGGGAGCGGCAAACAGCCGCUGGUAGUCAAGCAUCAUGAGCUUGUCGACAAUGUCAUCCAUGACGAGCAAUGGUGGAGCGCGGUGAGCUCGUGAUGUUGUGGGGCGUUCCAGGACCUCCUCACGCUCGCCCUCAUCAGGCCGCUCAGCCUCAGGUUGGGGCGGGGGAGUACGAGGGAUGACACAGGCGGCGGGGGGCUUGCAGAGCGCCUCAAGGCGCGAAAGGACUUCUCUGAUGGACGGCCUAUGAGCAGGGGCAGUCGACAGCAUCGACACUAUCAGGCUGCGGAGCUCCUCAGAGAGGCUGUACGGAAGCGGUGGGUAGUCGCCCUUGCUGAUCUUCAUGUAUAGCUCGUCUGCAGCAGCAGAUGCAUUCAGACACAGUAAUGGAGACCGAGUCUUCUGGCCACAAGUGGCACUGCGUGUUUGCUUACAGAGUGACAUCUGCUUUUCGCCUCUGAAGGGUGACUUGAGCGUGGCCAGCUCGUACAGAAUGCACCCAAGGGCCCACACGUCGGACUUGAAGUCAUACCCACCACCACCCAACACCUCCGGCGACACUGCAGCAACCCAGCGCAUGAGGCAGAAAGUGGCAGGCAUUCUUUCCUGGUCUUGCCGACAUGCUCACUGUAUAGUGGGGUGCCGACUUUGGAGUGCGCCUCGAACGUCUGGCUACUCAUGAUCCGCCCAAGCCCCAGAUCACCAACCUUCAGACGGCCGUCCUGAGCCAGGAAUAUGUUGGCCUGCACACCAGAAUGCACCACACGCCAUCUCUCCCACUCUUUCCUUCUCUACUUACAGGUUUGAGGUCUCUGUGCAGGAUUCUUUUGUCGUGCAUGUGCGCGAUGGCGGAUGCCAGUUGCCGCCCGUAUUCGACGCACUCGCUCUCACUGAAGGCCGACUCGUCCUGGGCGGUCCUCUUGAUGAGGCGCUUGAGGUCGCCGCGCUCUGCCCACUCGACGAUGAUGUAGAGCUCGCCCGCCGAGAUGAAAGAGUCCAGAUAGGCCACGAUGUGGGGGUGGUCCAGGGACUGCAACAGACGAACCUGCCGAGAUGGAAAGGAGAGAGAGGAGAUAUGCAUUCAUGGAUUGUAUUUCUUCUCCUUUGCCCACCUCCUUGAGGCAUUUCUCCUUGCUCUUCUGGUCCAUCUCGUCGAAGGCGUUGACCUUCUUCAGUGCAACUACUCGCUCGUCAUCAGAUGGAGAUCUGGCCAUGUAGACUACUGAGAACUUGCCUUUUCCUAUGGGCUUCAGCACUUGAUAGCCCUCUAUGCUUGUGCCGGACUGCAAAAGGGAAAUGCUUGGCG